UACAUUAUAAAUUUCUAACUUUAUUAGCUCUGAUGGUGUGAGAGAUGCCGCGUUACGUUCAGCCAAUAGCGCACAAAAUCGACGCGGUCAAGAGGACUAACGAUGUUUUCACCGAAGAGAAUGUUGAUUUCUCUGCCCUGCAUCUCUCCCCUGCAGUUCUCAAUGGUCUCAAGAACUCAGGUUUUGAGCGCCCCUCACCGAUACAGUUGAAAGCUAUUCCAAUCGGGCGCAUUGGACUGGAUCUCAUUGCUCAGGCUAAAUCUGGGACAGGCAAAACCUGCGUCUUUGGAGUUAUUAUACUGGAGGCUAUGAAUAUCAAAGUUCAAAAGUGUCAGUGUGUAGUUGUUGCUCCCACUAGAGAGAUAGCAGCACAGAUACGAACCGUCUUGUCAGUCCUAUCUUGUGACAUUAAUCAUCUCAAGUGUUCUCUUGUUAUUGGGGGAACUGAUGUCAAUGAAGAUAAGGAGUCAGUGUUAGGAGCUCACAUUGUAAUAGGCACCCCCGGGAGGUUGCUACAUCUAAUAGAAGAUGGUGUGCUGGAUACAGAGUGUGUCAGGACGCUGGUGCUAGACGAAGCAGAUAAGCUAGUUGACGAUAGUUUCUACACUCAAGUGAAAUGCCUGGCAUCCCAGUUACCGGCUAGUAAACAAGUACUAGCAAUGAGCGCCACAUACCACAAGGACAUAGACACUAAGUUCAACACGCUGAUGAGGGACCCCUACUAUGUGCGGAUAAGUGCGGAUAAUAUGGGUCUGGAGGGUAUACACCACUUUUACUACACUGUUAAAACGGACAAAGUCAAACACCAGAUAUUCUGCAACAAGAUAUCCAGAUUGGUGGAGAUCCUGUCUAACGUGACAUUUGAACAAUGUUUGGUAUUCUCCAACUAUCAGACAGGAGCUGAGGAGAUCAGUCUGUGUCUCACCAGAGAGGGAUUCUCUAACCAGCUAAUAGCAGGAAACAUGGCUCAAAGAGAUAGGUCACAAGCAAUGGCUGAUUUUAGGGAAUGCAGAUUUCGUGUACUGAUAAGCACUGACGUCACGGCACGUGGUAUAGAUAACGAGCACGUGGACCUGGUCAUCAACAUGGACCUCCCCGUAAACACGCUUAUGAACCCCGACCCUCACACAUACCUUCACAGAGCUGGUCGAGCAGGAAGGUUUGGGAAGUACGGCUCAACCAUCUCCAUCAUCGCCUCCCAGAAGGAGCACAUGUUCAUACAGGAUCUGGGGGAGAAGUAUCAGGUAGAAGUUAAAGAAGGUCCACCCUACGACCAAAUAACAGAUCUCCUGAGAAGAAGUAAGGGGCCAUCCUCUGAACCUGCCCUCCCCUCAACCCCCGAGAAAGAGCCACUCCCAGAGAGUAACAGCUCCCACACAGACUCCAAAGGUAGUUCACACGACUUCUCUAACGAGGAUUUAACUGGAAGUGUGUCUGAAGUUAAGAGUGAACGGAGCAGUAAAAGCGCCCCAACUCCAGACUCAGUCUUCAACGGCUGGUCAAAUAACAAGUCAGAGACAGGCACUGUUACUGAUCUUAAUAGUCUCAGAUCUAACGUCAAAGUUACUCAAAAGUCUAGAGGUUCAUCCAGCGGAACAGAUCCCCGAAAGAUUAAGAUGUCAGAAAAGGUUGAACCAGACGGGAAACAGGAGUUAGAUGGAGAUACGGCGCUCAGUAGCCUCGGCAGUCUGGGUAAAAUCCCAGACUCGCUGGAAUCAGCUCAACUGCCAGGUUCUGCAGAUGAGAAUGUGUCAGUGUUCAACUUUAGUAGUCAGGACGUAAACCACUACCAGGAGGAUUUGUCCCUGUUUACAGAAGCGCUGGGUAGUUUGAGUUUAAUGCCUGAAGCUGAAGAGGACGCUCCUAGUUCAACUCCCUCAACUUGUGGCUCACAAAAACCACCCUCACAAAAGUCACACUCUGAUAACGAUACUACUGGUAACGAGAAUGUAACUAGAACUAGAAGGAGGUCUAAAAAUGAGAAGAAAGCGAGGAAACCCCCUAAAUCCCUGAAUAUGGCUUCACCCAAAGGUCAGCCUAAUCGUAGAACCCAGUCUGCCGCAGCAGAGUUUGCGAACUGUAAUAUCCUGUCUCCACACACCCCCAAGUGGAGGUCUGAAGCCGUGUCUUCUGCCGGGUGUAUUAUCCACUCCAAGGCUAUCAAUGUCAAGUUCCUCCUCGAGAACUACCUGUGUCUUAAAUACGAGUUUACUGAUAAGAGCUACGAUACUGAUUACAGAGGUUUCUUCCCGCCAAAGUUUGAAAUCCUUCAAAAUUCUUCUACUGCAGUUUGCGAAGUUCCCGCAAAGAAGCCCCUCGCUCGGUUUGUAUCACAAGGAUUUGUAGCUAACUCGGAGCACGACCCCCUGAUGAUUAAGAGAACCUCUCCACAAGAACCACCUGCACCUAAACCUUGCUACGCCAGGAUGCCAUCUGAGGAUAUGAGUUUCCUGCACAAGCCCUAUUACAGCAGCACUGACCCUACUUACGAUGAGUUACCUGGAAACAUGUUGCACUCUGUAGCUUCCUCCGGACGAGCAGGAUGCCAAUCUACCAGUUCUUCUUUUGAUUCUGCGUCACGUCAACCUUAUGCUCACCAUUGUCACCAUCGCCCCGGCGAUCUUUGCAGAGAACAGAGCAAAGAUUCAGGAAUUUCCUUUUACUCCUCCUCGUACCAGUAUCCUUCAUACUGCAGUGCUCCGGCUUCCUUCGGUGCCCCUCCAACUUGUAGCACACCACCAAGUUGUGGUCCUCCACCAGCUUGUGGCCCUCAAUCAGCUUGUGGCCCUCAACCAGCUUGUGGCCCUCAACCAGCUUGUGGCCCUCAAUCAGCUUGUGGCCCCCCGCCAUCCUGUGGCCCUCAACCAAAUUGUGGCCCUCAACCGAAUUGUGGCCCUCUGCCGAAUUUCGGCUCUCAACCGAAUUGUGGCCCCCCACAGGGACCCCCCUAUUAUUGGUGGGGUUACAUGCCACCUCCUAUGUGUGGUUACCAACCUGUCCAGCAACCUCAAUUCUGCUCCAACUGUAACUCACCUCAAUUUAACGUCGCAGAUUUCAGCAGGCACUUUAGCUCAGCUGAAAGUAACAAACAGUUCGGGUCUGUAGAGAGCAACAGGCACACUCCCAAUAGCUUCAAUGAUCCUAGAUAUUGUGCGACCAGUGACCAGGGUGCAACCAGGGAAUCGUGGAACAGCGCUUGGGAGAAAGCUUGGGAAAAAUAGUCGCUCAUUACUGGGAUAAAUUGUUGAGAUUUAAAUUUUCAACUCAAGAACUGGAAAUAGAGAGAGAAAGAAAAAUUUUUGAUUCAAAUUUCUUUAAGCUGAUUGAUUUAUUUUGAUAAAAUAUUUUUAUUCAAACACUGAAAAUCAUUUGAUACUGUUUUAUAUAUAUUUUUGUGUUUAAAAAGUAGAGCAUGUUGACAAUAUGAAUCUUGCUGAUUAUUGAAGAAUCAGCGACUUUAAUAAAGGAGGGAAAGGGUGAAUAUAUAAGGGUAGAUAUAUUCAGGAUGAAAUCAAGUAAUUUUGACAUGAAUUUUAAAACAAUAUCUAUUUAUUCAAAUUCUUUAAUUAUAUACUUA